AUGGUAGCGGCAAACGCUUUGUACGUGAACAAUGUGUACGUGUUGAAAGCUUGUUUUGAAGAAAUAAAUGAUUCCUUGGUAAAACUGAAUGAAACGGUGAUCAACGAAGAGCCGCAUCUUUUCAGCAGAGUAUAUCAACCGCAGGAAAAUCCUGAAUUGCUCAAACAACUGAGAAAUCUUAGAAAACAACAUUUAAAGAUCACUGCUGCUGUCCGGUUAAUUAACGAGACGUAUAAUAUUCAAAAUAUCGGAUCGCUUGCGAUGCACUUCAUUAACAUAACGUUUAAUGUGUAUCAUUAUGUGGUACUUUUUACUCAAGAGGAUAUCGUUACCGUAUGGUAUUCCGGAAUUAAUAUAUAUAUUAUAUAUUAUACUUUCAAUUUGACUGUGAUUGUUUGGACCACCGAGAGGACUACGAACCAAGCACGAAAGAUUGGUUCUAAUGUUCACCGAAUCGUCGCGAAUACUUUUGAUAAACAGACGACGAUCGAGUUGGAAUUAUUCUCGUUGCAAGUACUGCAGUGUGACAGCACCUUCUCGGCAAUGGGUCUCCCGAUGAACGCAACCAUUUUGACAAAGAUAUUGUGUUCUAUUUCCACUUAUGUAGUACUAUUGGUACAAUCUCUGCUUGUAACGCCCUGUUGA